AUGCCUCAUCCGAUGUUCGUCGAAUCUCGCAGCCAUCCUGGCUCUUCAUGUCUCGAACUUCAAACCACGGCCAACACUGCCGCAAUCCUUGGAUUCAGCCCUCGAAUCUUCUGGUCCGUCAAGGACGGCAUAUGCACCUCUCGUGUGCUCGACGACGACGAACCCAUGCCAAUCUGGUGUGAAGAUCCUUUUGAUUUGGCAGCCAGAAAGGCCCGGGGAGCUCUACCCGUUACCACUGACGCAUUGGCUACUAUUCAGCAAUUGCUAAACGGCCUGGACGUGGAGAAGAAAGGAGAAGAAGAACGAGAACAAGAAGCCUCUCAGCCCAUUGGUUUGAAGCGUAAAGCGUCAACCGAUGCAGAUGCUCCAGCUUCUUGCCAAGAAUCAAGCCCUGUCGUUGCUGUCGCCUCUGCCACUAUCAUUGCCCCUCCUUCGACACCACCUGCCACUACCUCUUCUUCUCGCGUUUUCGGUCGUUUGACCACGACAUCAGACUCUUUUGCUGCUUUCUCUUUCGAUCUCAAGAGCAACACCACCACAUUUGGGUGCCAUCAAGACUGUACUGUAGUUCUCGAGGAUGAACGCGUGCCGAAGAGGGCGUUGUAUAUUGACUUUACAACAAUUGGACUGCGCGAUGCGAUGAAUUCUGGUGGUGACUGGAGCUCGUUGCCUGGCUUGCAUUGUGUGAUUAGAGCUGGAAGUGAGACGGGACUUUUGGUCAACAACAAGAUCCAGGUCCACAAAUCUCGUACGCUGCAAGGCAUUCCCAUUGUUGCUGGUGUCAAGACCGGAGAUGUUGUUGCUGUUUGUUGGGCGAGAAGUAUUUUUAAAUUCAGGGUUGAGCUGUUUGUUGGUGCUGGAAGUACUUGUUAA